AUGUGGGAAGUGACGAACAAUCUCACAUUCGCGAACGAGAACUUUCCUUAUUGGUGCCGCUUCAACGCCACCAGAUUAUAUUUCAAUGUCACCGAUUUGGAUUUCUGCAUCUGCAAUGCGACAAUUGCGGCAGACUCGGAUAUCGCAGGAGUAGGGGUCAUGACGUCUAUUGCUGGAAUGGCGCUGUGCACUAUCGUUGUGGCACUGAUACCGGCAUAUUACGAUAUAACUGUCGCCCAGAAGGCGAGAUUUAGAUCGCUGCUAUGGCCUUGUGAAGAUGACGCAAACACCCUAUCAAUGGACUCGAUCGCCCGUAGAGACUGCAUCCAAGAGCUAGAAGCUAACGUCAACCAUCAAUCACAAAAUGAGCGUGCAGAUCGCGAAUCAUCCAAUAUCCAGGAAAGUGCGGGCGAGUCCAAUGUGGACCAAGAGCAACCACGACAUCUAGCUCUAGCAGAAACUCUCCUUGGAAACUUGUGCGAUCUGCAGCUCUUUACGGCAACGGCAAUCGUCACGGCCGCUUUUGCGCAGGGAGCCAACUUGUCGUUCUAUCACCAAAGCUUUGUGCUGAACUAUUGGUGGCUGACACUGAACUCAUUCUGGGCCUCGCGACAGGACGAACACUGGAGCUCAACUCAAGCCCAGUCCCAACAAAAGAGCACUACUACCCAAGGACUUGAAACCGACGAAAAGAGAACCGUCGCUGGCAAUAUCAAAGCACUAGCAUCACGCACCGACAUGCUUCUCCGCGGCGAUGAACGUUUCCGAUCCUGGUUCCGCCGCCUCCUAGUUUUCUGCUGCACCGCCGAAUUCAUCGUCUUCGCCGGCCUCGCUAUUUGGAAGCAAGACUACGGCGAGUGGGAUGCGUUGGGGCCCGGUAGGUGCUACAUUUCUCACGACAAGUCUACAUGGCAGAGCGACUGGUUCUGGCUUGCCGGCGUUUGCAUUUACGCCUUGAUACGACUGGUUAUCUUGGUAUCGAAAACGAAGAUUAUGCUUGAGGCAUACUCGGAAAAUCUACAAGACACCGAAGACUGGUUGUUCAGGAAAUGCAUCGGCAGGUGGGUGGAUUUCCGCGCGCAGAUCCAGCGGAGGGGGGAGAUACGCCAUUGGGGAAGAGGAGCGGCGGCAGCCUUCUGCUGUUUCCUUGUGCUGGCCUUGACCACUCUCAUCUUCUCGGCACUUAUCCAAUUCGCGGCAAUAUGGUCCUUUGGAGAUGGCUUCUACGCACUUGAAGUCGCCUUCUAUAUCGGCAUGUGGGCAUGGUCAUUCUACGAUAUUGUGGACUUGAAGAUUAGCAACCAGCACCUUCUCACAGAGCCAGAGACGGCAUGGGGCUUCGGGCAAGUGCUCGCAGUGGUUCUGAUGGGAAUGAUUGUUUUUAAUCUUAUUGACGCGUUUCAUGGUACGAAGAAGACCAAGGCCAAGGUGUUGGGAGGGAGAUGA